AAGGGAUGACAGAGUGCUACCUGUGAGAGCCAUAAAUUUUUUUGUGGAAUGUCUCAAUCAUGAUGCCUUGGUGGUUCGUAAGAUGGCAAUCUCUGCUGUGGCUGGCAUCCUUAAGCAGUUGAAAAGACCCCACAAAAAGGUGCUCAUCUGUCCUUUCCAAAUCAGUGGAGCCCCACGGCCUUCUAAUAUCCAGGCAGGUGACAGAUCUGACAACCAAUGGCUGCAUUAUGAGAGUGCUAAUUUACCAAAGACUAGAGAAACUUGGGAGGCCUGCCAUUUUGUGGAAAAAACACAUUGGGGAUACUACACGUGGCCUCAAAAUAUGGAAAUCUAUGCUUCUGCAGAAGAGCAACCAAAACUUGGGAGGAGUAGAAAGGAACUUUCAGAGGCGGAGCAAGUCAUUUAUGAUCAUUUUUCUGAUCCUAAUUUUGUUGAGCAGUUAAUCAAGUUUCUUUCUUUAGAAGACAGAAAAGGAAAAGAUAAAUUUAAUCCUCGUAGAUUUUGCCUCUUCAAGGGUCUAUUUAGAAACUUUGAUGAUACCUUCUUGCCUGUAUUGAAACCACACUUAGAACGUCUUGCUGAAGAUUCCCAUGAAAGUCCGCAACGCUGUGUAGCUGAAAUUAUAGCUGGUUUGAUAAGAGGGUCUAAACACUGGACAUUUGAAAAGGUGGAGAACCUCUGGACAGUUCUCUGUCCACUUCUUAGAACAGCUUUAUCCAAUAUUACAGUAGAGACUUACAAUGACUGGGGGACAUGUAUAGCGACAUCAUGUGAGAGCAGAGAUCCCAGGAAAUUGCACUGGUUGUUUGAAUUGUUGUUGGAGUCUCCACUGAAUGGUGAAGGAGGAUCAUUUGUUGAUGCAUGUCGUCUGUAUGUAUUGCAAGGGGGCCUUGCACAACAAGAAUGGCGAGUGCCAGAACUGCUGCACAGAUUGCUGAAAUACCUAGAGCCUAAGCUCACCCAAGUUUAUAAAAACGUCAGAGAGAGGAUAGGAAGUGUUUUGACAUACAUCUUCAUGAUAGACAUUUCUUUACCAAAUACUGCUCUAACAAAGUCUCCCCAUGUCCAUGACUUCACUUCUCGAAUACUUGAAAAACUUAAACCCCUUAUGGAAGUGGAUGAAGAAAUUCAGAAUCAUGUUAUGGAAGAAAAUGGAGUUGGAGAGGAAGAUGAACGAACUCAGGGCAUUAAACUACUGAAAACUAUUCUGAAGUGGUUGAUGGCAAGUGCAGGGAGAGCCUUUUCUACAGCUGUUACAGAACAGCUUCAGCUUUUGCCAUUGUUUUUCAAGAUUGCACCUGUAGAAAAUGAUCAUAGCUAUGAUGAACUGAAGAGAGAUGCUAAGAUGUGCUUAUCAUUAAUGUCUCAGGGAUUGUUAUAUCCCCAACAAGUGCCUUUGGUACUUCAGGUGCUAAAACAAAUAGCAAAGAGUAAUUCCUGGCAUGCUAGAUAUACUGUGCUAACCUACCUCCAGACUAUGGUAUUUUAUAAUCUUUUUACCUUCUUAAACAAUGAAGAAGCUGUGAACAACAUCAGAUGGCUGGUUAUAAAACUACUAGAAGAUGAACAGCUUGAGGUGAGAGAAAUGGCUGCUACCACUUUGAGUGGUUUGCUCCAAUGCCAUUUCCUGGUGAUUGAUGACCCUAUGCAGACUCAUUUUGAGCAGCUCUGUAAAAGGAGACUCCCAAAGAAAAGAAAACGAGACCUCAGUACUGUAGUGGAUACCAUUCCCCCUGCAGAUUUAGUUCAACGCCAUGCUGGUGUGCUCGGACUUAGUGCAUGUAUUUUGUCCAGUCCGUAUGAUGUACCCACAUGGAUGCCUCAACUUUUGAUGGAUCUUAGUGCGCAUCUGAAUGAUCCUCAGCCUAUUGAGAUGACAGUAAAAAAAACAUUGUCCAAUUUCCGGAGAACCCACCAUGAUAACUGGCAGGAGCACAAGCAACAAUUCACUGAUGACCAGCUACUUGUCCUUACUGAUCUCUUGGUAUCACCAUGCUAUUAUGCAUAAUAGGGAAAAAGAAGAGUAGGAUGGCUUCCAAUCACAAAAGGGAGAUUGAAUUGUGCUGAUUCUUGUUGCCAAGGAGAUCUUUCUAGCUCAGUUCAUCCUCUUCCCUUCCGGAAGGCAAGCCUUAGUUCUAAUUAUUUUAUUUUGUUUAUGCCCUGCGCAAAAAUAAUCAAAAGAGCUGGGAAGGAAAUGUGCACACCAGUCUUGUUAUUUCUCAUCUUACUUUUGUAAAAAUGUUAUAUUUAUUCAUGGUCUGGUAAACUCCUGUUUGAAUUACUGCAGUCCCUCAUAUCUGAAAGUAAUUUGGAAAUUUUAGUUGGCAUGAUAGCCAGAAUCUUGACUCACAAUGCUCACUUGAAUAUCUCACAAAUUUAAAAAAGCUUUACUGGUUGUCAUUUUGCUUUGGGAACCAAUUCAAAAUGCUGAAGCUUAUUUUUCAAAUACGUGGUAUUAAAAUAGAGUAAGAAACUAAAUGGGUGACACUGUUGCCAUUACUGUAUAAAGAAAAACCAUUCUUGGAGGAUUGAACAUCACAAGGCUGCUUGCAUCUUCUUCCAAGAGGCACUUCACUGAGGUCACUUCAGGAUUGCCCUAGUGAGAAAAAAUAUUAACUCUGGAGAGGUAGUUUUCAUGUUUCGUUUACAGGACAAAAUGGUAUAGCCCCUCCUGAAGUGCAAUAAGAAGGCAACCUUGACUCUAGUUUUGGGAAAUUGAUUUACUAUGAUUAUAGACAAAGAAUGGCUGGUGGUGGAAUGCAUAUUGAUCCUGUUAGACAGUAUGUGCAAGGGGAAGUAUAGUGAGAUUAGUAGGCAGGCAGCUACCAGGGAAGGUAAGCCAUUUGAUGGCUGUCCCCUCUCAUCCCAAGGAGUACAGACAUCCUCUUUAUUAGUUGUGUGUUGUAAUUUUGUUGACAAUAUUUUGAUAUAUUGGCCCCAUUUUAUUCCAGAACAAGCAGCAGAGCCAGAAGUUGGAGAAGUUUAGGAACAAAAGUGAUAUCUGAGAAGAUUACAGAGGGGUUAAAGCCUAAUUGUUUAUUUUUUUCUGUGGGUUACGUUAAACAAAGUUAACUAUUACUAUUUUUAAUUAAGUUAAAGGAAAUCUUUAAUUCAGAAUCUGUGCUGAAAAAAAUGGCCAGAUUUUGAAGUGUUCCCAUGUCCAAGUCAGAUCAGCUAGUGGGGUCAUACUUGGACACCAUUCAGUGUAUACUCUGUCCUCCAUAAUAAUACCUAUUUGUUUCCUAUAGCAUAUGCCUUCUCUAGUAUAACCUCCAAACUAUGGCAUUUUGUAUAUACUUUGUUUUGAAAUGUUCUAUAAACUUUGUUCUGAACCAUAUACUUGACUUUGAGCAGUCAGCAUUUUCAUGUUCUGCACUUGUGUUUUAAUAAAUUUUAU